UGGAGAAUGCAAUGCUUGGACACGGCGCAGCGCAUGUCUGUCACGUCACAUGAAACAAGUGAGGUGAAAGCGUUCGUUGUGUCUCUCUCGCGUCUCAAGGUCCCUCGUCUGUCUGUCUGUCUGUCUAUGUACCAUCGAUGCCCGCCCAAAAUGCGGCAUCCAUCGACCCGACCCCAUCGAUGUGGUUGACUGGACAUUUAACAAAGGCCUAUAUGUCUCCUUUCCUAAUUUGCCGACCGGACGGGCGAAUUAACCACAGGACGUGGGUAGGCAGGGAAGGAGAGAGAGAGGGAGGCAGUUCAGCACAGGGAGAGCGAGAGAGGGAGAAGGAAACCAUGGCACCCGCCACGUAUCGCAUCAUCAACACGCCAGAAUGGAACGUAUAAAAGUACCCACCCGGCACACAACAAACGCAUAUAUAGUUGCCUGCCUGACGCUAAACACACCUGAACGAGUAAAUAAUUCCCUCGCCACCCAUAUACACCCCCCACCCCAGACACACCUAUUGACACACUGACCUCCAUCCAUCCAUCCAUCCAUAAGUCAGCCCUUGCUGUCCUGGGGCGACGACCUGCGCUCGCGAGACUUGCCGCCAAACAGCGCCCGCUGGUGGCCAUGGCCAUCCCCGUCCCUCUCUGCUGCUACCGGGCCGACAUCGCCGCUGCCCGACUCCAUCCGGUCCAGCAUCUUCUGCCGGGGCGACUGCUCAUCUGCAGAGGAGGUGCUACUAUGGCGGUCCGGGUUCAGAGGGCUCUCCUCGGUCAGAAACGUUUUGUCAGACGGCUGCACAUCACACAAGAUGCCACAAACAUAUGGAGGGAUGGGGCGAGGCGGGGAGAGUGCGUGUGGAAUCGGCCCUGCUGCGACCGAAUGGCUGGUACCUACCGCGGUAUCGUCUGUGCGUAUAACCUGGUCAGUAGUCACGAGCGCAAUGGCAUGGUCUGGUGCGGCGGUGCAGGUGCCGGGGGCAGUGUCGGCACUCACCGGCGUGUAGGCCUCCUUGUUGGCACGCAGCCGGUCGUGGCGGUAGGUGAAGUGCAAAGACCCGUAGAUGAAGAAGCAGAUGCUCCAAGGCAACAUCUGAAUGGCCGGACACACAGACAGGAGAUCACACACAGGGCUGGGCGUUGCGCGCGUCGCGCGCACCAUUGAGAGGGUGAGUGAGUUAGCGAGCGCAUUGACAUUGUGUAUGCGGGUCUCCUCCGACAUGGUCUUCACGUCAAGCGUGCUCAUCUUGUAGCCGAAAAACACCUGCACACAUCGCAUCACAGCACAAACCGACAUCAGCUCUCGUCUAUCGUCUAUCGUGUUUGUGCAUCUGACAUCGGACCUCAGCAAGGAUGGCCACAGAAGGCUACACACACACACACACACACACACGCGUGUGGCUAGCACCUCCUCUACGGACCUACACCUUACCGCGCCGAAAACCGCAGCUGCCGCGCCCUCUAUCGCCAGCAGCCACGCGAAGAUCGUGGCUCGGUCCGCUGGGUCCACGAUAUCGGUGAGAAUGGGGCGGUUGGUGGCCGCAGGGCACCACGCAGCCACCUGCACCACGCAGCGAGGUAGACCCCACAAUUUCCCUCUGUUCCCUCCCUCCCUUCCUCCCUCCUUGCUCACUCACUCACCAGUCCUAGGAGGAACAUGCCGAUAAGAAAGGCCACGUACCAGUCCGGCGAGCGGGGGAUGAUCUGCAGGAUCAGGGCCGUCACGGGAAUCCCCAGCGCGACAGACAGCUGAGCCGCUAAAGGGCGGCCGAGAUUCUCGUUCCAGCGAGCGAGGGAGUCGCCCACAUAGCCGCCGAGGAGGCCCCCGAGGCCGCCGCCCGCUUGCAGAGCAGCCCAGACAAUCGCCGCUUGGUAGUCAGCAAAGCCGACGUAUUGAAACCUUGAAUGAAACGGACAGAGAAUGGCCUGUGGUCGUUGUGGCCUCGCAUUUGUGUGUCCUACCACAUGGUGAAGAAGGCCAUGGCGUUCCAGGGUAUCCCGCCUCACGUCACACACACACACACAGCCACGGAGAGACGGUGAGAUGGUGUUCGCGCCAGAUGUGCGUUGCCUGCUCGUGUGUCCCAUACCAAAGAUGCCCUGCAUCACGACGCCCCAGAAUGUGGGCUUCCGGGCGAUGAGGCGGAUCUUCCGCACUUCCCGAAGCAUACCACGCACUACCUUCGCGCGCACGCCCUGCCCUCCCUCAGAUGGGCUCUGGCAAACGAGAAAACACGCCAAUAGGAGGUGGGUGCGGGGUAGUGUGUGCGAUGGGGUGUUGUGCCUUCUCCUCUCUGCUUGCCUUUGAGGCGGUGGGCGAGUCAUCUCCCUUGGUGGGCGCAUGUCUUGGGAGACUCAGGUAUGACAUCGACACGAAGACGCCGAGGCCGAUGGACAUCAGGCCCACCACCAUGAAGCCAACGCGCCAACCGGACACACCUACACUCUCACACACAAAUGAGAGGCAGCCGGAAGGCGUGUGGUUGCCUGGCUUCGUCCGUCGCUCACCGAGAAUGUACAUCUGGGACACGCUCGUGGUGGCAACUCCACCCACAAUCGCCCCCACAUUCUGCGACAGCUGCACCCAGCCUUCACACGCACAAACGCAACGCACAUAAGGUAGAUAGAGGGAUGGACACAAUCAUCAGAGAUAGUCAGUCCAUUCUGUGUGCGAGUCGAGUUGCGUGUGCAUCGAUCAUACCGAAGGCUCCGCCCCGCUCCUCGACGCCGAAGAGGUCCGCUAUCAUCGACUGUGAAAGGGGCCCAACGCCUGCACACACACGCAUAUGCACACCACCAUAGCUAUCUUGUCCGUGUGCAUGGGUCAGUGUGAAUUGAGAACGCACUUGCAAGGGCAAUGCCGUUGAGAGCGCGCAGUACCACCAUCUGCAGUGAGUGAAAAGGGAGGGACCCAUCACACACACACACACACUCUCAGAAGGGGCAGCCAGCCAGGCCUACCUACCUCCCACAGUGUGGUCGAGGCCGCCAGCACUAUCGUGAUGACGCCCCACAGGAUGCACCCGUAAGACUGCAGCACAAGACAAAACACACACGCACGAUGCAGACACCCCUCCUUCCCACACCACCUUGUUUGUUUUGUGCCCUUUCCUUUUGUGACCUCUCCCUCCCUCAACCACUCAACAACUCACCAGGACGGUCUGCCUGCUGUAGCGGUCAGCCAGAUACCCCCACACCGGCGCGCUGAGGCUCUGGAACAGACUCUGGUACAGCGACAGCUGGCUCAGAUGCUGCGGCCGCAAGUGCAGCUCCCUCUCCAGAGCCCUGAAUGUGCUCGGCAGCAGCUGCAUAUCCGCACCAUCCAGCGCACAGGCCACGUUGAGGAUGUUCUGGGUCUUCCGGCGGGUGCUGGGCGGGGCCUGCUUGGACUUGCCGCCGGGCUUGCCGCCCGGGGCCGGCCACACAAGGCCCGCCAGGCCGAAGCCGCCUCCGCCAAGUGAAGGGUUGUGGCCGGUGGUGCCGGGCUCGUCGGUAUCGGUGGAGCUGUCGCUUGUGACUGACGGCAUCGGCACCGCCGAUCUCUCGUCUUUCCUUGCCGCCAUGCCUAUCAGCGCUAACCGGGAGGGAAGGGAAAAAGGUCCGGUAUUUCGAGG